GGACCUCCGAGCCGUUCAACAUCAAAGAAUUAUUGCGCCCGCAACGACUUGCACUCAUCACGCAUCCAACUUCAAUGUCGACGCUUCUGUCCCCAGCAUCUUUUGGCCGGAUAUCUCUCCGUGCAUCGACUUCUCUAUCAUCGCUACCGCGUACGCAAGUGCGACAUGCGACAAUCAUCAAACGCCCGAAGCGCCCAUAUACUUUCACGCAACUCGUAACUCUCUCGGACGGCUCAUCCUAUGUACACCGUACAACAUCACCUAAAGCCGUCUAUGUGUCAAUGAAAGACCGCCGAAACUCUGCGCUAUGGAACCCAUCAGAUACUUCUUUAGUCAAUCUGGAAGUAGAUGAGGCGGGUCGGUUGAAGGCUUUCAGAGACAAGUUUGGACGAGGUUGGGAUGGUCAGACUGAUAGUGGUAAAGAGGUGAGGGCUCAGGAGCAUCAGGUGAAGAAAGUCUAUUUGACUUGAUCGCGGACCCUGCGUCGCAAAGGGUGAUGCCUGCUGCGAAGACUCAGAAAAUCAUAAAAAAGAAAAGCUGAGGUUCGUGUCAAAUAGGACCGUUCCAUCCUGUAUCACAAAUCGCAACUUGUUGAAUGGGCCUCAAUGGACUACAGCGAUAAA